AGUUUUUUUUCUACUAUUUCACAUCCACUAUUUCACAUCAGAUCUGUCCACCAUUGAUUCAAAUCAACUCAGCCGACACUCCACUCCUCCUCCCCACCCAUCAACCCCGCCUCAAGCCCAAGAUGGCCCACUUCCAUUUCCGCCUCGCAACCGCAGCCGACGCCCCGCGCCUGCGGGACCUAAUCGAAUCCGCCUUCCGCGCCGCCGACACCCGCGCCGACUGGACCGGCGACCUAUCCCUGGGGGCGCGCUUCCACGUCCAGCUGGACGACAUGCUCGCGCGCAUCGCCAACCCGGACGGCGCCUUCCUCGUCGCCACCACCACCACCACCGAACCCCAAGACGGAGACCAAAAAGAUGAGGCGGAGGAGGUAGUCGCCUGCGUCAAUAUCUUCAAGAAACAGCUCCCCGAUCGGGACGCCGUCGCCCGCCUGGCGCUUUUGGCCGUCGAUCAGCGCCAUCAGCAGGGCGGGCUCGGGCGGCGCGUCAUGGUCCAGGCGGAGAAAUUGUGCCGGGAGAUGUGGGGGGUAAGGAGGACCGGGCUGAAUGCGCUGGAUACGCGCGUCGCGUUGAUCCGGUGGUAUGAGCGCUGUGGGUAUGUAAGGACUGGGGAGGUGACGAGUAUCUCGCUUCCGCCGGAUGAGUUGAGGCUUGUGGAGUUUGAGAAGGAGUUGGCGGUGGGGGCGGUGUGAGGUGGCUGUUCAAUGAUGGAUUUAGAUAUGUUGGGCUAUUGAGCGGAUUGAUCAGUGUGGGCGUGUGGUGUGUGGUGGGCUGAUGAAGGUUGCGUGCUGCGAUUACGGGGGAUUUUGGAAGGAAUCAGUCUGUCGGAGAGAGUGUGUGUUUGGUGGUUCAUUUAGACUUGGUGUGUUUAGGGGGGUUGCUCGUGGACGGACAGCACUGGGGGUGGUUGAUACACUGGGGGUGGUUGAUAUUUUCGGUGUUGAGAUGGACAUCUGGAGGCUUGCCUGUGCUUGUCACGCAUUUUCAAUUCUCAGAG